UACUUUUUAAAGCUUGUACCUAAUCAAGUUAUUCUCUCAAAUGCGACUUAUUACCAAGCGUCCUAUAUGUGUAAGCGAACAAAUUUUGCGUCUCUUUUAACAGUCGAUUCACAAGCCGAGCAGUCAUUUGCUAUCUCCUGUUUCAUAAUUUCCUCAUAUGUUACGAGAUAUGAAACAUAUAAUUAUCAAAUCCAAAGUCUUUUAGGUUUUACUUAUCACAAAUACUGGAUUGCCCUCCGCCGAUCGGGAUCCGGCUGGGUAUGGGAAAACGGGCGACCACUGACCUAUUCCAAUUUUGGAGGCGGAGGAUCCGGUGACUGUGUAAUGAGUAUAAACAGACGCUGGACUUUAAUGAAUUGUCGCUAUAUUUCUCCUACCACUCAACCCGCAACAAGGCCACCACCGUUAAGAUUAUUUCUAGCAACGCCUUUAACGUGUCAGGAUAGAGUUGGACCAAACGGACGCACAGAUUGUUCAGAAAGAAGGUCAUUUUGCAAUGACAGAAUCUAUUACCACUAUAUCAGCUAUCAGUGUCCAAGAACAUGUAAUCGUUGCUGGUUAGCUAAUACUGGAGCACCAUCGGUCCAUUACUGUUGA